UCCGCUUGUCGGUCAGUCGUACGCCGGGUGUGCAACAGGAGAGACAUUGGACUGUUGAUAAUUGUCUCUAGCUAAGGAAAACACAAAAUAAGAUAAAUAGAACGACACUAGUAAACCGAGUUACAAUGUAGAGAGAUAGUUGCUGAUUCGCGUGCUCUUGUGUGACUAACCUCUUCAUCAAUCGUGUGAAAUAGAAUUUUUUUUUUCGCUCUUUCGUUCUUCCGGUUGAACGCGAACAUCGCACGUGCGAUGGAAAUACGGCGGGGGUGUGAGUGAGGUCAAUCAAACGGUGUUGAUAAACAGAGAAAAUGCCUUGGAGUUGGGAAUAAUCGGUCGAAUGAAGUGAGAGUCGAGGGGGAGAAUUAAAUAAAUAGGCUCAACAGUUGGUGGAUGGAGUUUAUCGGUGGAUACAAUGGUGGCCAUUUUGUGUUUGUGUGACGGGGGUAAUUAACGUGAUUGGGAGAAUUAAGUGCGGUUUUUUUUUGUGCUGGUGAGAGUGAGUUUUGAGGGCUAUGGAGCUCCUGUGAAGCCCCUUAGGAGGUUUGUUUGGGAUUUUGGUGGUGAUGAUGAUGGCACCGCAGGUUGUGGGGGUUCUGCUGAAGAAACCUGGACAGCAGAAUCGCCCACGUGCCGCCCCCAUGGAUCCGCAGGAGACGAAAAUCCGAGGUGAACUGUAUGUCGAGGAUCUUGGUGAAAGGAGAAUGGUAUCGAUCAGAAUGGGUUGGCUAUGGGUCGAGGGAACACCGAGUCUAGCACUGAGGGCACUGAACCUUCGUCAGGCGUCGCCAGGAAUAUGUCAGCCACAUGCAUUAGCACUCGGAUUUACAUUGAGCAACACCAAUGGCGAUCCACUCGCUACAUUUUGGGCGGAUACAGAACCGAUCUACUGGUCCUGGGUUCGUGCUAUAGCAGCUGAACUAGUCCGUCAGACUCCCUUUCGCUCUCGGCGUUGCCUGAACUUCCUGGAGAUUCUCACAAUUUGUCCACGAGGUCCACUACCUCUUCCCGACAGUCCACCGGACUCGCGUCGUCGUUCUCGAAGUGAACUUCGCUGUUGGCUGGGUGAUUCACCCCUUGAGAAGUCCCUCCACACUCCAUCCAUCCUAGACGACACCCGAAGACGAGCGAGAAGCGAAUUGCGCUGCUGGUCAAGUAGCAAUUCCAGUGACGAAGAUCUUGUCGGUGAUUUCCGGUCAAUCCCCACUGUCCUUCCGGCUACACAGCCAACAAGGACCUGGGGAUGUAGUGAGAGCAGCGAGGGAAGUGAUGAUAGCCUUCCCUGGGGGGCCAACACCACCACAAUUUCUCUACCUGAAGCACCUACGCGAGAGCAAAGGAUCCAACGGUACAAGGAAGCAAGGAGACGAGAGAACGAAGCCCGGACGAAACGGGUCCUCGAGGAGGACGCGAGAAGGCGAAAGGCUAGAGCCGAAGAGAAUAACAAUGACGUACGGUACCCGAAGCUUCGAAAUCGCUUGUUCCGGGAAGAGGAUCUCAAGACAGCUACCAUUGUGGAUCUCAACAACUUCACGGAAAGACUGCCACCGAUAAAACCAACGGAGUCUCGAGUCCUUCCUUCCAGCAGAAGUCUAGAAGACUCCAGGAACAAUAACAUCAACACCAAGAGUUCUAGCCUCCUUAUGGACGUAAUGACGAGGGUUGAGACGAAUUAUCUGACGUCGGAACGAAGAUCUCGGGCGAGGGAGAGGAAGUCGUUGAAGACAGAAGUACUUUCCCAGACUCGUCCGCCAAUUACCCCGGAGCCGAAGGACUUGACGUCCAACAUUCUCUCCAGAAUUCCCGUUUCGAGAACGACGAAUCGCGCGAGUUCGAGCCCCAGGGGAUCUAAGAUCGACUCGAAGGACGUUCUUGACGCCAGAGACAGGUCCCUGGGGAAUUUCGUGAGGAUUGGCGGGAGCCCCACUGCCUUGACGGUCUGUGCGAAGAGCCCCUGCGAGGAGGAAGUCGCCAGGCUGCUGGAGAGGUGCCAGAGGGUAGAUUCUUAUGUUCCGGUGAGGGAGAAACUUAACCUUUUUGAGUCAUUAUCGAGGAUGGGUGGGAGGCUAGCGAGGAGCACUGAAGACCUGGGGAGAUCGUCUGCGAAGAGCAGUCCUGAGGGGAAACAGAGGGCACGAUCACUUCACGAUCUCAAUCGGGGGGCUAAGGGGGUCCCUGUCAGGGAGAUGUGCAGGCUAUUCGAAGGAAAUCAGGAGGUAGUGAGGAAUAAGGAAGUGCUGAGGAAUUUGGAUCCACCAUGUGUCAGGGCUUCCACGAGACGAAGACACUAUCUUAAAUGACAGGAGUCACCAAAGACUGGAGUUGCCAAGUUUGUCGAGCUUUGUGGAGGGGGAAAUUGUGAUUUGAGAGUGAGGUUAGGUAUCACCGAAGGUUGUGGUGAAAAUAUUUGAAGGAAAGGUUAGAAAAUUUGUUCACAUUCUAGAAACUGACUGAAAAAAAAAUAAAAAUAAAUUGGAGGGCGUGAAUAACUGUAGGGAAUGUCUAAUAAUACGAGGUGUGCACAGGAAUGGACGCCAUAUUGCGGGGAUGGUCUGUGCUGUGGCCACAGGUGGCUUUGAAAAUGGCGGCUCCUCGCCUCGUAUUCUCAAACAUUUUUGAAAAUUAUUUAUGGCGUUGAGUUUACGGUUGGAUAAAAAUUCAGAGAGGAAUCUAUUUCCAGUAUUUUUUACUUCGUUUCUAGAUUACCUUCUUCAUAAUAUUUGUUCCUUCUCAUUGGGGAUUAUAUGAGAGGUUAAUUCAUUCAAUGGCAUGGCGUGACAUCGAUAAAUCUCUCCCUCGAAAAGUAUUGAAUAAUUAAAGAAAUUUGGGGGAAAUUCUGAGAGGGAAAACAAUUGAUGAGUUUUGUUCAAGCAGGUCUGAAUAACGUAAUAACGACUAAUUUUUGUACAGAUAAAUUAAUGUUAGAUUUUUUAUUACAGCAUCGAGCAUGGAAAUAACUUAUGAUAUUUGUAAAAAAAAAUAUUGUGUGACAAUUGUAUUUUUUUUUGUAUUUUUGUUGAAACUGUAAUUUGAUUACGAACGCGUGAUGUUUUUUUUGUACAGUAGAACAAGUAGGAGAAGCUGAUGGACUUGUGUAGGAAAAUUCUGCUUCAUUGUAAUUUUCAAAUUGAAAAUUCGUUACUGAAGAUGAGAAAAUAUAUAGAAAAUGAAAAAAAAAUCCAAAAGGAAAAAAACAAAAAAUCUAAGAGAAAGAGAAUGAUUUCUCUCGAUGAAAAUAUAUUUCUUUUUUGGGAUUUCUAAAGCAGAAUUGCGUCUUCGAUGAUGAGUAAUAUAUAUUUUUUGGCCGUUCGCCAAAGAGGUCCUCUAGUCCUAAAUAAAAGUCAUCGUUGAUAUUGUGACUUCAAUGGAAAAAAAAAGAUGACUAUUUUUGUUCCCCCUUGUUUGAAAUGUCGAUUUCCCUUUCAUUGUUCAUUGUCACCCUGUAAUUAAAUUGUUUUUCCCUCAAAAUGUUGAGCUACAUGUAAAAUAUAUAAUUUUGUACACAAAAUAUUUCUUUCUAAUAAAAUUCAGACGAACAACAGGCGUAUUUGUGAAAUCCUGUUGAAACGUCGAUUUUGUUAAAUUUUC